AGAACUUAUAUAAACAAUCCUCCUUGAUAGUUUUCAUGAAUAACCUUUCAUAAAUUAUCAAAUGGGUGCUUUUACAUACAACGCCGAGCACACCUCAGCUGUGCCACCAGAAAGAUUGUUCAAGGCCUUAGUCCUUGAUAGUGACAAUCUCUUUCCCAAAGUCAUUCCCGAUUGCAUUAAGAGUUCUGAAAUUCUUGAGGGAGAUGGAGGACCUGGAACUGUAAAAAAGAUUACUUUUCCCGAGAGCAGUAAAUUCAAGUUUGUGAAACACAGGAUUGAUGCAGUGGAUAAAAGCAACUAUACCCACAGCUACACAGUUUUUGAUGGUGAUGGUAUGGAGGACACCAUGGAGAAGAUUGUUUAUGAUAUCAAAAUGGAGCCAUCCAAUGGUGGAACCAUUAUCAAGAGCACUAGGACUUACCACACCAAAGGUGAUCACAAGCUCAACGAGGAAUAUAUCAAGAAAUCUGAAGCAAAAGCAGCAGAACUCUUCAAGGCGGUUGAUAACUACCUUGCAGCAAAUCCCGCUGCCUACAAUUAAAAAGGACAAUAUUCUUCAAUAAUAUUUUUUUUUUGGAUUGAGUUCUCCAAAAAUGUUUGAUUCAUUAUUUUCAAACUUUUUUUUAUUAUUUCCCUUUUUUUCCUACCAAAUCCAAAUCAGGCUUGAAUUUUGAUAUUUUCCUUACAGGGAGUACUACUUAAUACUACCAUUUCAGAGAAUUGGAAUAAUUAAUUUUUAAAAGUUACUUA